UGGAGGGAAAAAUGACGAACGUUGGGCACUCGGGCUGAGCGAGAGAGAGGGAUGGCGUUCUCCGCCGCGAUGAAAUUGGCGGGGGUGGCGGCAACGCCGUCGGAAGGUUUGGGUAAGAGGGAAGAGAGAGGGGUGGAGAGAUCUCGGGUUUUGAUUCUUGGAGGCACCGGCAGGGUCGGUGGGUCGACGGCCGUCGCCCUCUCGAAGCUCUGCCCCAGCCUCCGCAUCUCCGUCGCAGGAAGGAAUAGGGAGAAAGGUGCUGCAUUGGUGUCUAAACUUGGUGAAAAUUUUGAGUUUGUUGAAGUCAAUAUUGAUAAUUUGAAUGCACUGGCUGAAGCUUUAAAUGAUGUAGAUCUUGUAGUUCACGCAGCAGGGCCUUUUCAGCAGGGAGAGAAGUGCAAUGUACUUGAGGCUGCAAUUUCAACCAAGACUGCCUAUUUGGAUGUAUGUGAUGAUACGACCUAUGCAUAUCGGGCAAAAACUUUUCAUCAGAAAGCAGUGGAUGCCAGUGUUCCGGCGAUAACAACUGGUGGAAUAUACCCUGGAGUGAGCAAUUUAAUGGCAGCUGAGCUUGUACAGCUUGCAAAAACGGAAGGCACUUAUGAACCAGAGAGACUGAGAUACUAUUAUUAUACAGCUGGUACUGGGGGUGCUGGUCCAACCAUACUAUCAACCAGUUUUCUGCUUCUUGGUGAAGACGUGAUUGCAUAUAAUAAAGGGCAACAUAUCAAAUUAAAGCCUUAUAGUGGAAUGCUUAACAUCGACUUCGGAAAAGGAAUUGGAAAACGAGAUGUAUAUCUGUUGAAUUUACCUGAAGUUAGAAGCAGUCAUGAAGUUUUAGGAGUGCCAACUGUGAGUGCAAGAUUUGGCACAGCACCCUUCUUCUGGAAUUGGGGAAUGAUUGCAAUUGCAAAUCUUGUUCCUGCGGAAACUCUGAGAGACAGGAGCAAAGUCCAACAACUCGUUUCUUUGUUCGACCCAAUUGUUCGAGCAUUUGAUGGAAUAGCUGGAGAGCGUGUCUCAAUGAGAGUGGAUCUGGAAUGCUCGAAGGGCCGCAAUACAGUAGGCAUUUACAGUCAUAAAAGACUGUCAGAAGCUGUUGGAACUUGCACAGCAGCAUUUGCCAUGGCAAUUCUCGAAGGAAGUACUCAGCCCGGAGUUUGGUUCCCUGAAGAGCCUCAAGGAGUCUCAGUUGAGGCCAGAAAAACUCUCCUUGAUCGUGCAUCAAAGGGAACCAUCAACUUCAUAAUGAAUAAGCCUGCAUGGAUGGUGGAAACUGAACCAAAAGAGCUAGGUUUGGGGAUAUAUGUAUGACAACAUACAAUUAAGCAGCUGAGACCAGUUGAACUCGUCAUCUCCACCUCGCCAGUUCUUGGGUUAAUCCUCGUUUCAUAGCUGAAUUGAUGCGCUCUCCACCAACAGACUAGCAGACAUCAACAUGGACAUGUUCGGCGAACCUGUUGCUUUGGAGGGUCAGAUUUGCAUCACCUGGAAACUUUCGUCCUUGAUUCCUGCUUGUUUAGAUACUCAAACGAAGCCCUCUGGUAGCCUAGUCAACAUUCUGUUGUUCCACGCAAUGGCAUAGAUUAGCAGCUAGAACAGUUGCUGCUGCAUCUUCCAUAAAGUGUGGGUGAUGGAUGCAAUUUUCUCAAAGUGAUACAGAUCAAAGCAAAAUGAAGAUUUCUAUUGAUUA